AACUGGAUGUUUGUUGAAGGAUUGUUACUUUACAGCAGCAUUUCUGUCUUCGUUUUUCAACAAGAUCCACCAUUUAAAUUAUAUUAUUUUAUAGGAUGGAUUACUCCAGGGAUAUUCGUUGUAUCGUGGGCAAUAUUUAUGGUAUUUCAUCUAGAAACACCAUGCUGGAGAGGAUACGGUAGAUUGCCUUAUAUAUGGAUUGUUACUGGACCAAUGAUAACUGCUUUAGUGGUGAAUACAAUUUUCCUGUUCACAAUAGUUCGCAUCUUAAUCACUAAAAUUCGCGCUACUGUUUCGAUAGAAACUAAACAAGUCAGGAAAGCAGUCAAAGCUACAGUUUUGUUGUUCCCUUUGCUGGGGAUAACCCACUUGCUCUUCUGUAUAAAUCCACAAGACGAUGGCUAUUUAGAACAAGCUUACAUGAUUACAAAUGCUCUUUUACAGUCUUGUCAGGGGAUAUUCGUUGCGGUGCUCUAUUGUUUUCUCAAUUCUGAGGUGCAAACAGCGUUAAAACAAACAUAUAUUAAAGCUCUUCUGAGACGUCAUCCCAAUGUUCGUUGCCAAGUGGUGCCACAGGGAUCUACAACUCACGUUUCACACGUUAUGGAUUCUUAUGCCAUCAGCAGCACAAAAGUCACUAAACAAUCUCCAUACAGACAACCAGGAUCAAACAAUAUAAGAUUCACUAAUGAUAACAAUUAUCGCGAUCAAAAUAAUGGUAAAUGCUCAUACCCACUGCUUGAGACGUUUCAAAUUUCAAAUUCUUAGAGUUUUAUCUAAAAAUUCUGUUAUAUA